AAACUAUUCUUAAGAAUUCAGUCUUCAUUGUGAUCUUUAAUCAAUCAGUCACAUACUCAUUUAUUUCUAAAGAAAUUUAACAAAAAUAAUGGCAUCUGCUAAAUUGGUUUUCUUGUGUGCCGUUAUGGCCAUUCUCUCAGCCACCGCUUCAGCUGGUUUAUUGGACGCCAUAUUUGUACCCACCAUUUUGCAAGAGAAAUACCAACUUGCUCCCACCAAAGAGGGUUAUCGUCUUAAUUUGCAAGAACCCGAUGGCAGCUCACGCGAAGAAGUAGGCAUGGUCAUUAAUCCCGGCACACCCGAAGAAGAAUUAGUUGUUAUGGGUACCUAUACUGUGUACGAUGAAAAGACUGACACCGAAACCGUUACCAUGUAUACCGCCGAUAAGGAUGGUUACAAAUCCCGUUAUAUGCUUAAGAACCGUAAAUUGAGUCCUGGCUCCUUGAAAUCAUUGUCUGGUUAAACUUGUUUUAAUUAUUAAAUGAUGAAUGUUUUUUUUAUUUUUGUAAAUUUGUAAAUUAUUGUUAAAUAAUAAAAUGAUGAGUAAAAUGUA